AUGGCGGAGUAUUCUGCUUCGCUGAACACAGUAAUUAAAUGGGAAAAAGACUUAAACUUCAAAUUGGAAAAGGGCAUCACAAAUGGUAAAGUCACGAGUAUUAAAUGCUCAUUAUGUAUGAAGUUUAAAAAUCAUUUGACUAAGAUGCGAAGCUAUACACCAGCAUGGGUUGAGGGAACUAAGUAUGUGAAAAAACUCUUAAAAAACACUUGACCUGCAAUGUUCACCUUAAAGCUAUUGAUCUCAGCAACAAAGAGCAACUUGGAGCUACUGGCUAUAAUCAACACGUUCUUCAGAAUACCCCGAUUGGACACAGGCUUAUGCGAAUGGCUGAUGAAGAUAAAGAAGUCCUUCGGGUAUGUUUCAAUACUGCAUAUUAUCUGGUGAAACAAGAGCGUCCUUUUAGUGAUUAUCCAGCUCUUCUUAACCUUCAAUUUAAAAAUGGUGUUAAAGAGUACAAGUUCUACAGAAAUGAUCAUGCCACAGCUGGUUUUAACGAUGCAAUAGGAGAUGUAAUUAGGGCAAAAGAUUUAGCAAAAGAUUUGGCAAAAGAUUUAGCAAACGCGAGAUAUUAUUCCUUUUGA